AUGGCCCGGAAUGAAAAUCCAAGUGUCUGGUCACCAUCGAGCUGGAAAGGGAGACCCAUAGUCCAGUCUGUCUCCUACAAAGACACAGCCUCCUUCGAACAUGCUGUUGGGAAGCUAAACACGCUUCCACCCCUGGUGACACCGAGAGAGAUUGUGAAACUGAAGAACGAAUUGCGGGAGGUGGCCCAGGGCAAUGCCUUCCUGCUGCAGGGUGGUGACUGCGCAGAGCUGUUCGACUAUUGCAACCAAGACAUGAUCGAAGCCAAGGUCAAGCUGUUGUUGCAAAUGUCUCUGGUCCUCAUCUACGGUGCUAAGAAGAAGGUAGUGCGUGUGGCGAGGAUGGCUGGCCAGUACGCAAAGCCGCGUUCCUCGCCUAUGGAAACCAUCGAAGGUGUUACUAUGCCCAGCUUUCGAGGAGACAUCCUGAACAGCUACGAACCAGACCCUGUGGCGCGCGAGCCCGAUCCUAAAAGACUCGUCGACGCUUACUUCCACUCUGCGGCGACACAGAAUUAUCUCAGGGCCGCACUGUCGUCGGGGCUGGCUGAUCUACAUGCCCCUCUAGACUGGAGUCUGGGUCACGUACGAGAUCCCACAGUCCGAGAUCAUUAUCAGGCCAUCGUCGAACGGAUCACGGACACUCUUGAUAUGAUGCGCACGAUAGGACUUGACACGGGCGGAGGUCUGGAGACUGUAGACUUGUUCACGUCACAUGAGGGUCUGUUGCUCGAGUACGAGCAAUCUCUGACUCGGCUGUUCAAACAUCCCUCGAACGCAGCGCCACCUACGAUACCUUCGAAACCCAAUGCAUCACCAAACAAGCACAGGAAAACUUCUCUGCCCACGCAGCUUCCACCACCUCUACCUCCAACGAAGGGCUAUUACGACACCUCGGCACAUUUCAUCUGGAUCGGAGACCGGACACGCCAACUAACGCAUUCGCAUGUCGAGUUCUUCCGGGGCAUCGCCAAUCCAAUCGGGGUAAAAGUAGGACCCAGCAUGCCAGCCACUGACUUGGUACCUUUGCUCGAUAUCCUCAACCCGUCGCAUGAAGUUGGCAAGAUCGUCUUGAUCACUCGCUAUGGCCACGAUAAGAUCGCUGCUCACCUACCGGGACAUAUCCGAGCCGUUCAGGCUUCGGCGCAUAGAGAUACAGUCGUCUGGCAAUGUGACCCCAUGCACGGAAACGGGCGAAAUGCAACUGUCACAGGCCCCAGCACCGAUGGCAGGUCCACGAACGGAACGACGACUUUCAAAACCCGACGGUUCAGUGAUAUCUUGUCUGAGUUGAAACAAGCUUUGACAAUUCAUCGAUCUAUGUCCAGCUAUCUUGGUGGAGUCCAUCUAGAGUUGACGGGCGAGGCUGUGACUGAGUGUGUCGGUGGUGCUGAGGAAUUAACUGAAGAAGACCUGAGCUUGAACUAUACUACGUUCUGCGAUCCCAGGUUGAACGAAAAGCAAGCGCUUGAACUCGCAUUCCUAGUUGCUGGCUUCUACAGGGAGGUUCCUGAGAAGAGGCAGAUAAUGGAGUAA